ACCAUGUUUAGGAGUGAGAUGAAGUCUGGAGGGGACAGGCAGCAGAGGAAAGUCCGAUUUCGUAUCGCUUCGUCCUACAGUGGGCGAGUCCUGAAGGAGGUGUAUGAGGAUGGAGCCCCUUCGGACUCCCUGGAUUCUGAGUGGGCCAGCAGCUGUGAUCACUGCAGCAGACCAAGCGAGGAAGGGCAGCACAAUGGCCAUUUAGGAUCGGAGGGGGAUGAACAUGAAAAUGACCAAGACAACUUGCUUGUGUUGGCAAGGGCAACCACUGAAAAGGGGUUUGGUACCAGACGAGUCAACAUUUUAAGCAAAAAUGGUACAGUCAGAGGCAUCAAAUACAAAGUUAGUGCUGGCCAAGCCCUUUUUAACAACCUCACCAAAGUGCUACAGCAACCAUCAACUGAGCUAGAAUUUGAUCGGAUAGUGAUUUAUACAACUUGCCUUCGUGUGGUAAGGACGACUUUUGAAAGGUGUGAACUGGUUAGGAAAAUCUUUCAGAAUCAUCGAGUCAAAUUUGAAGAGAAAAAUAUUGCUCUGAAUGGAGAAUAUGGAAAAGAGCUUGAUGAGAGAUGUAGGAGGGUUUCUGAAGCACCUUCUCUACCUGUUGUAUUUAUCGAUGGCCAUUAUCUUGGGGGUGCUGAGAAAAUUUUGUCAAUGAAUGAGUCAGGUGAACUGCAAGACCUCUUAACUAAAAUCGAGAGAGUUCAGCAUCCACAUGAAUGUCCUUCCUGUGGGGGCUUUGGCUUCCUUCCUUGUUCAGUGUGCCAUGGAAGCAAGAUGUCAGUGUUUCGGAACUGCUUUACAGACUCUUUCAAAGCCCUGAAAUGCACAGCUUGUAACGAAAACGGACUGCAGCGCUGUAGGAGUUGCACAAGCUAGAAACAUCUUCCAAUACGAGCCUCAUUUUAUUAACACCGCUCGAGAGUUUGUAAUAUUCUUUUUUAAGGGUAAUGUUUAUGGGAUAAUUAAUAAACUUCAUUUGUAAUAAUCA